AAAAAUGAGAGAAAUUUCUCUCACUUUCUUCAUUCUUCUUCUGUCGGGUGAGCUGAUCGCAAAUGAAAGGCAUCAUGAACAUUCGCUGAAACACGUCCAAAAACGUCAUGACAUUCCACUGGAGUUUAUCAUGAACUCUCAGGAACAUUCGGAUAUUCGUAGAUCAGUUCGCUUGGAGAAGGAACCCAACUUGGAGCGGUUGUCGUCGGAUAAGUUUGUGGUUCGUCGAGACUCAUCGGAUUCCUCCACGGAAGUUGUCGGAGAUGAAAAUUCGGUUCCUGACAAGUUUGAUCAGCCAUCUUAUGAUUUUAUGCUUCCCGAAGGAAAAACUGAGAACUCGACCAUUCUCGCAGUUGUCGACUUCAUCACCAGAAAGCACAACGUAAAGCCAGCAUUCGUUGUGAAUUUCGACGAAAACGAGUGGUUCGCCAUAGGAAACGUGGAGAAGACACGUGCCGACAACGCAGACGUCUACAAGGCUACCGUAAUCCUACGCCAGAACUCCAACGUGGAGAUCGCCAAGACCGAAGGGGGUCUGUAUCGGUUUGUGGUGGAGGCGCAGCAAGGUGAAGUGGUUCUGGCGACGACUAAUAUCUCGGUGGAUGUUAUUAAGCUGGCUCCUACCACGAAGAGGACCCGGGUUACUGUACCUGACAGGCCAAAAUUAAUGGAGACUACUGUACCUGUAACGUCAUCAUCGUCAACAUCAUCUGAAAUGAUCGAGGUGGAUGGGGAAUCUGAAACUCAGGAGGAUCUUACAUUAGGUGGUGGUGGUGCUGAAGCUACAUCAACUGAGACUACCACAGUACCCAUGACGUCACCAGAAGAGGAAGUGGUGACGUCAUCAGCAGCCACGUCACCAGCUAGUACUGCAGAUUUCUCAGACGACGAUGAUCUUACCAUCCCGGUGACGUCACCAGAACCUACACAACCCAAGGAUUCUGAGGAAGAGGAAGAAGUUGAAGUUUUGGAUGGAUCAGGUGAAGGAUCCGCUGAUGUUUUGACAACUACGGAGACUAACGAAGGAUCUGGCGAGCUUCUGGACUCUUCAACGUCGUCAAAUUUGCCGGCCUCCUCAUCUGAAGCUUCAUUAGUAGAAGAAGAAGAGGAUCCAAUCACCGGCCCUGUCUCAAUUCUACCUCUCCAAAAUUCUCCCGACGGAAUCAUCGAGCCACUCGACAUCCAGCUCACCAUCUCCCCCAGUGACGUCAUCAAAGUUCCACGUGACGCCCGCCCGGGUGACGUCAUUCGCAAUUUACAAGUGGAAUUCCAGUCGGCGACUGAAAACCUUCGAAAAACUAAGAAAAUUGAGCUGGAAAUUGAGCCCGCCGGAUUUUUGGAAAUUCGUCCAAAAAUCUUGAAUUUCGACGAGAAAGCCAUGAUAUUCAUCGGAGAUUUGGCUGAAAGUUUGUCGGAAAACUUGCAAAUUGUCGCGAAAAUUGGGAAUUCCACUCUCAGAACUCCAAUUCGGCUGGAUUUGACGGAAUAUUUGGAAAAUCCAGGAAAUUCUGACGGUUCUGAGAUGCUAUCGCUUCGAGAAGUCGAAUUUGCGGUGACAGAGACCGCCGAGUCGGGUAGAACUAUUGGGCAGGUGGAUUCGGAUUUGAAGAUUAUUGGCGGGAAUGGUAACAGAAAAUUCUCCUUGGUUGGCAACGAUUUAAUCCUCUCCUGCAGCCAAUUCGACACGGAAAAAUGUCUGGAAAACGAUGAUCAAAAGUCAUUUUCCUUGAUUUUAAUGCCAAAAAAUGGAGCUCUGGCUCCAGUCCAAGUCACAAUAAUUGUUCAACAAAAAGCAAAUCUUCGAACUUCUGAUAAAGUGAUUAGAAUAUCGGAUAACAGAAUUAUCAGCCCAUUUGCGGUGAUUACGGAGAGAACUCGCAAGGACAUUCAGCUUGGAGGCGAUGCUGCCAAGUUUUUGGGCUUUGUGAAAGCCCAGGAGGGUCUGUAUCAGAUCAUUGUUAUCAACUCUGCUGCAUCUGGCCGCUACUCACUGGAUAUCUCCAUUGACGAUGAUACUCAGUCAAAAACCAUUGAAGUAUUCGUAGAAAACUCCCAAUCCCAUGCUCACUUCCGAAAAUCCAAGUACUCUUUGGAAGUUGACGCUGGAAAAGUGGAAAAUGGACUGAAACUGACACAAGUCGAGCUGGAAGGUGUGCCAAUUGACGAGGCAAAAAUUAUGGUCUUGGAUGGAAAUCCAGGAUGGGUUACUGUAGAGGAGUACGGUGGAAAAGUCAAUGUGGGGAAGUAUGAUGGACCAAUCUACAAUGGCAAAUUCCCAAUCAGAAUUGGCGCAGUUGACAAGAAAACGUGGACAAUUUUGACUGAAACCAUAGUUGAAAUUGAUGUGAAAAAUGGCCAAGAACCUCUGGAAAAUGAACAAAAAAUUGAGGAAAAAUCUGGAAAAUCCAGAGUUUUGGAAGCUACUUUUGAUCGGGAAAAAUCGGAAGAUUUCGAAAUUCAACUGGAUGAGAAGAACAUGAAGUUGGAUUUAAAAUCCAUGUAUGGAAUUGAUGAGAAGGGUCAGAAAGUCACACUGGAUCCGACCUCCAUCACAGUCACCUCUACACAUGUCCAGCUAACUCCUGAUUCCCUGAAAUCUCUCAGACUCAUUGGCAUGACCCUCAAAAACCCGGAUUCCCAAAAAAUCAAUAUCCUAGUCCGCCUAAUUUCCUCCCCAGAAUACCUGAAAAACCAGGAAAAACUGGCUCAACGUCCAAUCUACCCGAUGCCAUGGACACGAGAGAAUCCUGUAAUCCACGUGGAAUUACGCGAAGAAUUGGCACAGGGCCAAGUUGUGGGUGUGUUCCCCGCAGUUUCCCAAGGCAACUUGUCGCGCGAAAUUCAAAUUUCUGGCUUAAUGAGCGAUGCUUUUGAUUUCAAUGGAACAACUGGAGAGCUCAAGAUCAAACAACGUAUCGAUUAUGAGACACUAGAUGAAGCUCAAAAAACGUUUAAUUUGACGCUGAGCUCCGGUGAAAAUGGCUUCAAAAGUGAGGCUAUCCUAAUGGUUCAAGUGACGGAUGUGGAUGACAAUUCGCCGGUUGUGGAUGUUGGAGACGCUGAAAUGAUUUCCCUACCGGAAAAUCUUUCCGCUGGCACAAAAAUCGCCGAGUUCGACGUCACUGAUCCGGAUGGUUCGGAGAGCUACCAAGUUGAGCUGGAAGGGGAUGGAAGCAAGAAUUUCAUGGCGAAUAUUACCUCUUCCAACACGACCGCCACUUUAUCGAUUUUCAUCGCGGAAAAUGCAAAAAUCGACCGGGAAACUCAAGAUUUUAUAGCUCUUCUUGUGAAAAUUUUAGAUAUUUCUGGAAAUUCCGAGAAAAUAAUUCUUCCAAUUCGGGUUCUCGACGUAAAUGACAAUGCUCCACAAUUUGAGCAGAACCUUUAUGACGUGGAAGUCAUGGAAGACCUGCCAAGUGGUAUGGUAAUCCAUAGAGUUCACGCUAUGGAUUCAGAUGCACCGGGAGCAGCUUCCACAGUCAACUACCAAAUUUCCAACCCAUCUGACGUCACCGAUGACGUCAUUAGUGUGAAUUCCACGUCAGGAGUUGUCCAAAUCUCAGGAUCCCUUUGGGGAAUGCCACGUGAGCAGCCAUACAAAUUCCAAGUGAUUGCUCAAGAUUUUGGAGCGCCUGGGCUCAAUUCCACGUCGAUUUUGAGCUUAAGAGUUAGAAAUAAGGACGAGGUGGUCACUGAGGAGGCGGUGGAGUUUGAAGAAAUUACACAGGAAGUUGUGAUUCAGGAGAACCUUGCCCCGGACACCAAAAUCUACACCGCAAAAGCGGUUUUACGUGGAAUUCCCUCAAAAACACGUGGCAAAGUCGUCUACACUUUGAAAGACCUAUUGAGCUCAGAAAAAGAGCCAAUUUUCGCAGUCGACAAGGAUUCCGGCGACAUUUUUGUGGUGAAGCCGAUUGAUUUUGAGGAGAGAAGCGAGUAUACGCUUCUAAUCACCGCUUUCAACUCGGGCAACGAGUUGGUGACGUCAUCAACUUUACUGAAAAUUCGUGUGGAAAAUUUGGAUGAUAAUGAGCCAGAAUUUUUGCCAAGCGCUCUCCCAAUCUUCCAAGUGCCCAAAAACACAUCCAAACCAACUGCAAUCGGCCGGCUGACCGCCCGGGAUGCAGAUUUCUCUCCGAUUUUCUACCACUUGCUCCCAAAUUGUGGAACUCCGGAAUCCUCAGACAACUUCAAUAUUGACGCCGAAUUCGGAGAAAUUGUAUACGAGCCAAAAGUUGAUCCGAGCUCAAAAAUGACGGAAGCCGAGGUGUGCUUCAUUGCCACCUCACAGAAAAAUCUGGAUACAUCUGAAGUGUUCUUCGAUGCAAAUUCGAAAAAUUUCAAGCGUGUGAAAGUGGAGUUUGUGGGCGACUCCGUUGACUCCGUUGCAAAUUCUGGAAAAAUCAAUAAUGGAUUUUCUGGAAAUCAAUCGAUAUCUUCUGUUGGUGAUGUGCUGGAUCGUGUUGAGAUUCCAAUGAAUUUGGGAGCAGCCGCAGGGGCACAAGAUUAUGAGCAAAAAUCCCUGAAUUUUGUGCCAGCAAACUACGAACUCGGACGUGACAUGAUUUCACCAGAAGGAGCCGUAGAGCUUAACAAAAAUACUGGAGAACUCGUGGCAAACGGGAAAAUUCUAGACACCCCGCAAGGCGUCUACACUGCUGAAAUUGGAAGAGGGGAUGGAGGGGAAGGUGUUAAACAGCUUCACCACAUCCGCAAUGACAGAAAGCUCCGUUACGUCCUCUCCAUGUCCCGUAACGAAUUUGGAGCAAAUUUGGAAAAAUUCCGCCGCCAAAUUCUUGAAGCUAUUGGUAAAGACGAUCAGAAGGCCGGGAAACAGUUGGAAAUUCAUUUUGAUGAACCGAAAGCGGAUAGAAAAAAUUCCACGUGGACCUCCGUAUGUUUCUAUUUGACCCGUCAAAAUGCGAUACUUGACGAGAAUCAGGCUUCCUCAAUAAUUUCCCCAUCAAAUGGGCAUAUUUCAAAGCUUCAUCACAUUUUCAAAGUUCAAAACGUUGAUAUGUGUGCUCCGAAGCCAUCUGCCACGUCAUCAGAAUCCACAUCAUCCUCCAAUUCUGAUAUCCCACUGAACACUUUAAUAUUGAUCGGAGUUGUUGGAUUAUUGAUUAUUGCACUUUUGGCAUUGCUGAUUUAUGUUUGUUGUGUCUCAAGAUAUCAGAGAUACUUGAAGCAAAAAACUGAUCAGUUGAGAUGCUCUUCCAGCGCCGGAAGCUAUUAUAAAUCUCCGAAUUUAAUUCCACCACCACCUCCGGGAUACAUGCACACUCCACCACUUCCACCACCUCCUCCACCAAUGGCUAUUGCGUAUUAUUGAUUUUUCCCAUUAAUUUUGCAUUUUAAACGUUGAUAAUACAAUUAAUUACAAUAAAGUUUUUAUAUUUUAA